AACCACAUUUGGAAAAAUCCUUCCUAUGUCCGCAGUAUCAGCUUGGAUUACUCAGGUUACUCAGGGUUGGGGAAUCUUCAGCAGUGUUAAAUAUAUUACCAUCGACUUAUGGGAUGGCUUCUUUGCAAAGGAAAGGGCUGCAGGCAAGAAUUCUCAGCGCUGAAGAAGAGGAGAAAUUGAAAAGAGACCAGGCUUUAAUGUCUGAUUUUAAACAGCAAAAACUGGAAAAAGAGGCUCAGAAGAACUGGGACCUUUUUUACAAAAGAAAUAGCACUAACUUCUUCAAAGAUAGACACUGGACCACCAGAGAGUUUGAGGAACUCAGAUCAUGUAGAGAGUUUGAAGAUCAAAAAUUGACUGUGCUUGAAGCUGGCUGUGGUGUUGGGAACUGUUUAUUCCCGCUUUUAGAAGAAGAUCUGAAUAUCUUUGCCUAUGCCUGUGACUUUUCUCCAAGAGCAGUUGAGUAUGUCAAGCAAAAUCCUUUAUAUGACACAGAAAGAUGCAAGGUGUUCCAGUGUGAUCUAACCAAAGAUGACCUUCUGGAACAUGUGCCCCCAGAGUCCGUGGAUGUUGUCAUGUUGAUAUUUGUCCUCUCUGCUGUUCACCCUGAUAAGAUGCACCUUGUCUUACAAAACAUUUACCAGGUAUUAAAACCAGGCAAAAGUGUCUUGUUUCGUGACUAUGGGCUAUAUGAUCAUGCCAUGCUUAGGUUUAAAGCUGGCAGCAAACUUGGAGAAAACUUUUAUGCUAGACAAGAUGGAACCAGAUCGUAUUUUUUUACUGAUGAAUUCCUGGCUCAGCUCUUUAUGGACACAGGUUACGAAGAAGUGGUGAAUGAAUAUGUGUUUCGUGAGACGGUGAAUAAAAAAGAAGGCCUGUGUGUGCCGAGGGUUUUUCUUCAGAGCAAAUUCCGAAAGUGUCCUAAGAACCCAACACCCUUGACCCUGGGCCUGGGUCACAAGUCCUGACCUUUCACAAGGUUGACAUUUGUGCCUCCCCUUGAAGAGGAAAGUUUGAAGUAACUCUAUUUUGUAUAUUUUUUAUAUUUUAACUUUUUAAAAAUGA